UCAGUUCGAAAGUUGUAUUCAGAACCUAGAUUGUUUCAUUCAAAUUAUUAGCAGGAAACGUGAAGCCUAACUUUGUUUACGCUUGCAGAAACCCGGCACACCUGGCAGACCUUCGCCCGGUACCGGUCCACGUCCACCACCAUCUCCCCCACGCAUUCCCGGUCAACCCGCCGACGAUCAUGUGCACGUGCCCGGAAUGCCAUUCGACUUUGAGUACGCUGUCCAGGAUCCGGAGACGGCCAACGACUAUGCGCACAAGGCAUCCAGUGACGGCGAUGUGGUGACCGGCGAGUAUCGAGUCCAGUUGCCCGACGGACGCACUCAGGUGGUGCGCUACACGGCCGACUGGAAGACUGGCUACCAUGCGGAUGUCAGUUACGAGGGAGAGGCCCAGUUCCCGCAGGGACCAGCUGCUGGUGGACGCGGUGGUGGCGGCGGCGGUGGCGCCGGUGGCUACAAGUACUAGAGAGAGCAGAGCUCGGUCCGUAUCGCGUUUUGAGUUAUGUCUGUCGUCAUUAUCUUGUUGUGAAUUCCAUGAGAAAUGUCUAAACUUUAUG